AUGAGUGGGUCAAUAACGGAUGCUUUUAAAAGCUUGAACGUCACUGGCGACUCCUCGCCAUCUGAAUUGAAACAGAUCUAUCAAGUGUCAUUUGAGUACUUGUCAAAAGUGAAGAAGUUUGACGACUUGCAAGCAUUCAAGAAUUGUCUUGUUGCAUUGAUCAAUUUAGACCAAUACGAAGAAGCAGCAAAGAUCAUUGCCAAGGUACCUGCAAAAUUGGUUGAACCUUUGAUUUUAGAAAUCACAUAUGUUUACUACAAGAUUGGAAAUUCAAAGCAAAUCUUGCAACUCUACGAAAAACACAAAUCAAAAAUUGAGUCUAAACAAGUGCAAACAGGGUUGAAAAAUAUAUUGGCGCAGACGUAUUAUAAAACUGGUGAUUAUGAAAAAGCUUUGGGUUUGUAUAAAGGUUUAAUUAGCGGUUCGUUUGACAAUCAGAGUGACUUGUUGGUCAAUGAACAAGCGAUCAUUUCACAAUUAAUUUUCCAAACUGGUGAAGCCACGGUUGCAAGAUCCAACUCAGACUUGGACCCAACCAACUAUGACAUGCUAUUCAAUGAAGCCAUUAUUGAAAUUGCUAAAGCAAACCUUGCUAAAGCCUUGCAAUUGUUGCAACAAGCUCACAAAGUGUGUUCAGAAAAUAACUUGACUGAUGAAGAUGUUGAGACAGAAUUACUUCCUAUUAACUUGACCAUUGCUUAUGUAUUUCAAUUGCAAAAUGAAGCAUCAAAAAGUGACGAAAUUUUGUCUGCCAUUAACAUUGACAAUGUACAUGACACGUUACUCAAGCUAAUCUUGAAGAAUAACAUCCAAUCAGAAAAGGCGAUUGAUAGCGCAAAUUUAAUUGAUAGGCAAUUGAAUUAUCAUGAGACUAUUCAAAAAGUGAAGCAAAAGAUAACCUUGUUACAGUUAGAGUCGGUUUUAAAAAACAGCUUGGUCUUGAGGUUUACCACUGGUACAUUGUCAGCUACUCAAUUGGAUUCGAGAUCCAUUGCCAAUCUCGGGUCAGUUUCGGCGGCUUACCGUGUCUUGUCAAGAAACGACAUCAGCUACAAAGCCCUCAAAGAAGGAAACAAUAAAAUAGUCGGUAGAAAAUUGGUACGGUAUAUUCGAAAAGAGUCUAGAUCAGACUUAAAAGAAGCCGCUGUUUUGCUCUUGGUGUUUAUCAAUUCACAAACUGGUUCAUUUGACCAAUGCUUGCCAUUUUUAGAGAAACUCGUUCAGGAAUCCCAAGACCAACCGAAAAUCUCACCCGGAAUUAUUGGAACUCUUAUACAUGUUUAUGAAGCUACACACAAUAUAAACAAGCUAAAAAGCUUACUUACCAAAUUAACGGAGAAGUUAUUAUACACCCCUGAGGAUGCUUUCAAGGACCAAAAUUACUACAAUUCUGCUAAGGUCAUUGCUAUGAAAAACUACAGUUUCAACAAUGACAAUUCCAGACAAUUGUUUGAGUUUUUACAUGAGUCGAAGCCAGACGACGAGUUGAUAAAUUCCCUCUUGUCAAAUUCAAACGAUAGCUUAACACCAGUUUCGGAGUUGGAAUCGUCAAAACCCAUCGAAGACAUUUUGUCCAUCAACUUGGAUGAAUUGAUACCAACAAAAGCCAAGCCAAUUCAACCAGUGGUCAAAAAAUCUACAAAAGUCACAAAAAAGAAAUGUGCUCCCAAGUUUGGAAAAGACAAAGUGGUCAAGCCUGAAGGCGAGUUCAAGUUGGAUGAUGAAAGAUGGUUACCAUUGAAAUUGAGAAGCUAUUAUAAACCAACAAAGAAGGAUAGAAAGAAGAUAGGUGGAGGGCAUCAAGGUGCAGUUGAGUCAUCACCCGCACCUGUUUCUCAUAAUACGUCGCUGGGUAAUGCCAACAAGAAGAAGAAAAAGAAAGGUAAAAAGUAA